GCCGCCGAGGGGCUGCGUUACCGUAACGGUGCCCUCAGAACUGUGAGGGGGCACGAGCAGCCUCCAGCCUGAGGGACUGAUACCUCCGGAGGGCUUUGGCUCUUCUCAUUGCUGUGUUUGUCUUUUUUUUUUUUUUUUUUUUUCUUCCCUUAAAUAAUAAAACGUUCGGUGGUGUUGUGACAUGGUAAAAAUACUCAGUUUCUUCUAGAAGUUUAAGGCCUAAACUUGCCAAAAGACUUGAGUAUAUUGGCGUCUGUGAGUCAUGUACAGGAAAGUGCUGGAGGUUCAUUUUUAUUGAGUUGGUUGCAGUUAUAAGUGAAUUUAUAUGCCUUAUUCAGCUGAAAUACUUGGGGGAAACCAGCGUGUUUGGGUUUGAGGAAGAUACUGCUUUUAUGUCUUUGCAUGAAAGUUUCAAACAGCAUGGAGGUAGAAACAUUCACUUUAACCCCUACAAUACUGAUCCAGCUGGGGUAUUUCCCUUACUCAGCAAAAGCAUACAGUGGAUUGUGUCUCGACUCUCAAGAAUCCUGUCAAGGGAAAGAGAGUCUUACCCCUCUUCAUCACCAAUAUGGUUUGUAGAAUCAGAUGACCCAAACCUGACUUCAGUCUUAGAGCGUUUAGAAGAUAUUAAGAAGAGCAAUACUCUGCUUCUUCAACAGCUGAAGCGAUUAAUAUGUGACCUCUGCAGAUUAUAUAAUCUUCCUCAGCAUCCAGAUGUUGAAAUGUUAGAUCAGCCACUGCCAGCUGGACAGAAUGGAACAACAGAAGAAGUUACAUCAGAGGAGGAGGAGGAAGAAGAUAUGGGUGAAAUCUCAGCUGUGAGGUACUUGGAUACAGAGAAUUGGACAUCUGUUUGUGCUUUAGUCAAACAAUUCAUAACAUUGUGUGCCAAAGCAGACAUUGAGGAUCUGGAUCACUAUGAUAUGAAGGAGGAGGAACCAGUUGAUGGGAAGAAGUCUGAGGAUGAAGGCAUUGAAAAAGAGAACCUUGCAAUCCUAGAAAAAAUCAGAAAAAAUCAAAGGCAAGAUCACUUAAAUGGUGCAGUCUCUGGGUCAGUUCAGGCUUCAGAUCGACUUAUGAAAGAACUCAGGGAUAUAUAUAGAUCACAGAGUUAUAAAACAGGGAUAUAUUCAGUGGAACUGGUAAAUGACAGCUUGUAUGAAUGGCAUGUUAAGCUUCUCAAGGUUGACCCUGAUAGCCCACUGCAUAGUGAUCUUCAGUUCUUAAAAGAAAAAGAAGGUGUAGAAUACAUUUUACUCAACUUCUCUUUUAAGGAUAACUUCCCUUUUGAUCCUCCCUUUGUGCGAGUGGUGUCUCCUGUGCUCACAGGAGGGUAUGUCCUAGGUGGAGGUGCAUUAUGCAUGGAACUUCUUACUAAACAGGGCUGGAGCAGUGCCUACUCAAUAGAAUCAGUCAUCAUGCAGAUCAAUGCCACUUUAGUCAAAGGAAAAGCCAGAGUACAGUUUGGAGCCAAUAAGAAUCAAUAUAAUCUAGCAAGAGCACAGCAGUCCUAUAAGUCACUAGUACAAAUCCAUGAGAAAAAUGGCUGGUACACUCCUCCAAAAGAAGAUGGCUAACGCUGAGGACUAUUGUCUACCUGGACCAAUGUCAAUAAAACAAGCUCUUUUUUAUGUUUUCCAACACACAGACUCAAGCUAUGAGUGCCCCUAUAACAGCUGUACUGAGGACUUUAGCUAUUAGAUAAGUUAGUGGAUAAUCUGUCAACUGACACGUGCAGUAUAAGUUACAGCCUUACCAUUCCGCUCUCCGUAGGUAUCUGGACUGAGCAGUUUGGGCCUUUACCACAUUUGUUCUUAUGGAUUAAGCAUAUUUGGGCCAUGCCCUCCCUUCUCCUUGUUUUUUUUAUUUGAAAGCAUAAGCUCUCCCUACAGCAGGCUACCGACUUACUAAAGAUCAUUCAGUAGGAGUGAGUUGUUCACACACUUUUGUGUAUUUCUUACCUUUUGCAAAAUGCAGACUGCAGAGACUUGCGUUGUAUUGUUUCAUUUAAAGCCAAGAAGUUUAAUACAUUGUUUAAUACUGUUUUAGGAAAUGUCAGGUCUUGCAAAUCACAGUAGUUUUUUCUGGUCUAAAAUGACAGCGUUUGUAGUAUUUCCAAAUUAAUGAUAUAGGAAAAACACAUGUAUGUUAAGUCAUUAAACAUUUUUCAUGGCUGUAUGAGAAUAUGAACUGUUUAUUGGAAAAGAUGCUCUUUGUUUAGAUUAUGUUAAUUUUUUGUUUAGGUUUGGGGGUUUUUCCCUUUUUUUUUUUUUUUUUUUGUUUUUAUGCAGAGCAAGGCUGUGCCAAUAAAACCUUGUAACUAGUCACUUCCACUGGGGCAUCAGAACUUGCUGGGCUGUUCCUGCUACUUGUUGGCUCAACCUCCUUAACAAGAAGAGCCGCAGUAUGAAGCUUGAAGUUAUUUAAAAUACUAAAAACCUUUCUAGGUGUUCCAUUUUAUUAACGGGUUGUUGCAAUCAUUUGUAAACUAAUGAACUUAUAAAGUAAUUGGCACAAAUCGAGAUGAAAGUCCUUGAAUGAAAAAUUUUUAUAUAAAAGCUACAAUAAAGUACAAGAACAUGUCAUCCGCUUCAGAGGCAUAAGAGAUGUUGCCAUAGUCAUGACAGUGGUUUUGUUAUUGAGAGACUAAUGGGAACUGUUUGUUCUUUAUUAGGAGACGAACCUGGGUCUGUGAACUUACACAAUUUCAUUGCCUUACAGAAAUCGACUCUAUUUUGGUUGUAGUUUUAGUCUUUAGGCCUUCGCACCGCUGGGGCCAAGCUAAGGGUGUGUUCCGUGGAUUAAGCACUUCCACAAGUGCAGAAGCAUGUUUUUGUUAUGGUUCUGUUGUUUUUUUUUUAGUUGACUAUCAAACUUGUGCUCUUCUCUCUAUCAGGCACCCGCGGGUCCUUGUGCAUUUGCUUCUAGAUCCAGUUUUUAGCUCGAAAGAAGCGAUGGGCGAGGUUUGGCACCGCUUCCCGUGGGCGGGGGGUGAGGGACAGACCCGCCCUCGGCGCAUGCUUCGGUGUGGGUUCCACUUCUCCUGGCAGAGUUCCUUGGCAAUGUACAGUACUUUGUAAACUUGCAUCAAGUUUAUAAAUAAAAAGCAUUUUACGAA